AUUGUUUAUUAUUAAUUGUGUGCAAAGAAUAAUUAUUUGAACUUAAUAUUUAUGGUCGGACAAUCAUUGUGAAUUUUAUCCACUUAAAUAAAAUCCAUAAUAAUUUUCUUGGCGGCAGAAGUUUGGGAAUGAGAAGGAAAUAAACAAGGCCCAUUGCUCGUUCAUUCGUACUGUUUGUUUUAUCCAUUCAUCUUCUUCAUUUCUCCGCUUCCGUUCGCUCCUUAAUCUCACCAACCAAAAACCCUAUCCAACAUUCAAGUCCAUUAACCAGAACGAACUAGAAGGGGCUAAUAUGUCGAAGAAAGUAAGCGCGCCGGCGCCGUUGCAGAAGGACGCGCCAUGGCGGGUCACAACCACCAAACCAAUUCCCAGAAUCCACCACUCCCCUAUUCUCCGCGUCUCCCACAACCCCUACUCCGACUACGCCAUUUCCAUCAUGAAGCAUCCUAAUCCAAUUGGAAGCGGGUUGGCCGAUGAUGCGAUAGUGGAAGCCGCCGGCCCUGAUUGCAUAGUUCCCGGUCAAGUUACCCCCGUCCGAUUGCUUGGCGUUAAGGUGUGGCCUAUUGAAGUUGACUUGAAAUUCCUGGAACCAGUUGGACGGGAACUCAAGUUGCUUGGCAAGGUACUUUCAUUACACCAUUGUUGAAAGGAUUUCGAAGAAAGUUUGUUGCUUUGGAUGUAAUAUGUCCAAAACUCCAAUUGGGUGUUCUGUAGUUGGAAAACUUGUGCUUGUAAUAUUGAUACCGUGGCUUAAUCUAUUUUUCAAACUGAAAGUUAUUGCCUUUGAGCUCAUAGUAAAUUAGUAAUGUCCCCUAGUGAAUAUAGUAGCCUUCUUGUGUAUGCUCUUUGUUUUUUUUAUCAACAUGGACGACACUUAAACAGUGGCUCUACUAUAGUGGAUCAUUUUGAGGGGGAACAUAGAUAACUCCAUGAAUCCUCGUCUGUUGGCAAUAACUUGUCAUGUUGUAGCCUCCUGUGGUAGUUGCUUUUACACGUCUCACUCACUUGUCUCCACUUCUGUCAGUCAGUUCCCUUCUAUGCAUGUUGAAGGGAAUCUGUAAAGUUGAAUGUUUGCUCGUGUCAUCAGACUGAGAGAAGAAGGAUGCUUAGGAGGUGGUUUUAUAAUGGGCUGACUGGAUAGUUGGAUUGAGAUGGCAGGAAGUCUUUUCUGUUUCCAUGAAGCCACAAAUUUCAGAGUCAACCGUUAAUUCAUAAUGAUAAACCCAUUUCCGUAUACUUAGUACUUUGUAGUAUUGAUGAUACCUUUGUGCUUGAUGUGGAUAUCGCUAAGCAUCAUAAUCCUUGAGUGUUGAAUCCUUAAAUUUGUUGCCAAAAUUGAGCCUUUUCAGUUUAUUAUUUAUUUAUGCUUGUUUUAUACCUGAUCAUAUAUGCUCUACUAUCUCAUUGAUUUAUUUUGUUGCUGACUUGAACCUCAAUCACUGUUUGACCUUUAUCAUUGCAGUUCAUGGAUAAUGCUGUCGAUCUGAUGAAUAAAUCUUUCAUCGACCGCUAGUGGCACCAGGGGGAAGUAGUCAUUUGUGCAACAAGCUGCAGUUUUGAUUCAUUCCAACAGAAGAAGUGGGAUAAAGCAGAGAGCUUCCAUAGAUGAAGAUGUAAACUUGUGAUGUACCCUCGUUCCUUCCUAGUCCUAGUUAUUAUAACCUUAUAGCAAGAGUUACAAAUUGCUCGAUGUCACCAGAAAUGGGCAGGAAUUCUUUUACCCAAUAAAUACAGUAUCAUGCCAUGUUUAAGGCACCAAUUUAGAGAACUUAUUUACUCAUCUUGUAAUGAUAGAUCCUCCUUCCUUUUAAUCAAUGCACCUUUACUCUAAGCCUCAUUACUCCUUUUGAUCUUCUUGAUCACAAGCUACAUAACCAAGGUAGCCUUUGUGUAUUCUACCCGGUUUUCGGCCAUUGUAUCGAAAUUCAGGAUGAUGGGAUUGAGAUGUGUCAAAUGUUUGGUCACCAACUUCACACUUGCAGAGUGCCUUCAGUGUUUGUUUAUUCUGCAAAUCAAGAAGAAAAGCUAGGAGAAGAUCUUAAGAUAGAGAUCCAUUUGUAGCUACCUUCCAAAACCCUCAUCUCAAUCCCAUUCCUCUUUUGCUCAUUAAACAAAAAGCUUCUCUCCUAUCCUUCCAGGCUGUUGUCUCUUAUACAGAACCAGUAACGUUAAGUUAUAAGUGGAACUGCAUCUAUGUAGCACAACUGGGAGCUUUUUAAGAGCCAAAUAUAAUGAUGUAUGAAAAGCCAUUCCUAAACUCCCAUUCUUUUUAUCCUUAUUCUGCUAUUUCUUGUUCUCUUUCGUACUUGAUUACUUUAUCAACAUUCCAUGUCCAGCUAGACUAAUGGUGGGUUCCCCACGAACACUAGUGUUUGCCCAUGUCACAAGUUUCUGGUUUUCGCCCCCCGCCACAAGAUUUCGCUCACCAUAAAAGGGUGUGAAAACCACUCUGCAACUCAAUGUGCAGAAGAAGAAAAAUACAGUCAAUGGAGCAAGGUGAUAAUAGCUUGAGGAAAGGGCCAUGGCUAGAGGAAGAAGAUGAACAACUCGCCAGGCUUGUGAAUGUGUUUGGAGAAAGGAAAUGGGACUCCAUAGCUAUAAUAUCUGGUUUAAGGAGAAGUGGGAAGAGCUGCAGAAUGAGAUGGCUGAACUACCUCCGUCCCAACCUGAAACGUGGCCGUAUUAGUCCUGAAGAGGAGCAGAUCAUCGUCGAACUCCACGACCGAUGGGGAAACAAGUGGUCGAGAAUUGCUCGAAGCUUGCCAGGAAGAACAGAUAAUGAGAUCAAGAACUACUGGAGGUCCCAUUUGAGCAAGAAGGCUACACAACCACAAGAAGGAGGAAACUUUCAUUGCAACUCCAAUGCUAGCCAUAAUACUGAGCUGGAUUUCCCUUACCAGACUGAGAAUCCAAGCAACAUCUGCAACUUAGCUUACUGUGACAUAGCUCAGAACGACGGGAUGAUGGUAGGACCAGACCAAUAUGAUCUGUGGAGCAAGAUGGAGUCGCCAUACGAGACGAGAUUGUACGAUCACUGGAUGUCUGAGAUCAGUUCUGGUGAACAAGGAGAACCCAAGUUUGGUGGAGGAGGGUGUCAUAAUGGAUGGAACUACUCUGAAGUUGGUGAAAGUUGCAUGCUGGGUUCUCUGUGGGAUAUGAGCUGAGGUUAAUUAAGAGAGACUGGUCUUGUUGAUCUGUGAGUAGAGGAAGGACAAUUAGAGAACGUGGAAUCUGUAAAAUAAGGCUCUUGUUUUGAAAGCCCAAUGUAUAUAACUAACAUGCAACUUCUUCAUUAAAAAGUUACUUUUCUCUUCUACAAGACUUUAUCAUUUUUCUAUGUUAUGCAC